GCGAGCGCAUCGCAGCCAAUCGAGUCUGUCGUUGAGUUGGGCUGGGAUUAGCAGGAGGCGAAUGAGUUUCAAUUUUACUGGAUUACAGAACAAAGAGAGGGGGACAGGGACCGAGCGCCGUUAAAGGGGCAAAAGACACACAAACUGGGGGUAAAAACACAGCUCGCACGCGCACACGCGGUCCCAGCCCGCCGUCCAGAUGUGGAGGAUUACGAGGUUUUAGCGGACACGUCGUGGGAAUCGCGGGUGAUGGAUUAAAACAGGGGGAAUAAACCUAUUCCGGGAUUGGCGACGGCAACAAGGCUAUUUAAUCGCUAAUUGAGAGGCAUGGCUCAGAUGAGGAAGCUGGCAUGCGACAGCAUCAGGGCGAGCGCCCGGGGCGAGCCGCCGGUGUCGGCCCGACAGGAGAUCCUCACCAGCCUGGUGUCUGCCCUGGACUCAGUGUGCAUGGCGAUGUCUAAGCUCAACGCCGAGGUGGCGUGUGUCACCGUGCACGAGGACAGCGUGAUCGCAGUGGGCACGGAAAAGGGCCGAGUGUUCCUCAACUCCAGGAGGGAAAUCCAAACAGACUUCUACAAGUUCUGCCGGGCGCCAUGUCUGCAGAGUUUGACCACAGCGAAUGUCCAAACCAAAGACCAGGACGCCGAGCUCAGCAAACUGAGUAAAGACGGUGAACACGGGAAACCGAGAGCUCCAUCAGACGCCCAGUCCAACAUCUUUGUUCUGAGGAAGAUGGUGGAGGAAGUCUUCACCGUGCUUUACAGUGAAGCUGUGGGAAAGAGCAGCCUGGUCCCAGUGCCUUAUGAGUGGAUCCAGAAGGACCCCGGCUCUGUGGUGGCCCACGGUCUGCCUGAAGGAGUCACGCUGAAGAAGCCGUCGGAGUACGACAUCAAGACUCUGAUGAAGAUUCUGGAGCAGAGCCACCGGAUCCAGUUCACGGUAAAACGGCCGGCAGAAGAUUUGUCUCGAGAAGCCAAGUCCAGCACCGAUGUCAAUCACAACACUUCCACCGCCGCCACCGUGACGCCAAGCAGCCACGGUGUGGGGAAGACCCCCGCCCCAGUAGCCCCGUCAUCAAGUCCCGCCACUUCCAGCAACUCUGUCCUGUCGGACUUCCUGUACGGCAUGCCCAUGUCCUCCAAACCCCACCCAGACAGCAAGCUGGACUUCAAACCCCUGUCCCUCCUCAACCUGGGCAAGGACCGACUGGCCAACUGGACAGCGGGGACGGACAAGACAUGUUCCAAGGACGGCUCUAACAACGAUGAGACAACUCGACUACCUGGUGAUCAAGGCCAGAGUCCUCCCGGUGUCCACAUCUCCAAGAGGCUGCUCUUCUCUAUCGUGCAUGAGAAAUCAGAAAAAUGGGACUCGUUCAUUCGGGAAACUGAAGACAUCAACACGCUGAGAGAAUGUGUUCAGAUUCUGUUCAACAGUCGAUACGCUGAGGCCCUGGGUCUUGAUCACAUGGUGCCUGUCCCCUACCGCAAAAUAGCCUGCGACCCCGGUGCCGUGGAAAUCAUCGGCAUCCCCGACCAGAUCCCCUUCAAGAGACCCUGCACCUACGGAGUCCCCAAGCUCAAACGCAUCCUGGACGAGCGCCACGGAAUCCGCUUCAUUGUCAAACGAAUGUUUGAUGAAAGGAUUUUCACUGCUGCUGGAAAGAUGGCGAGGGAGGAGGGGAAGCACGACCUGGGCUCCGCACCUGAGGACGGCUUCCCCGACAAUCUGAGCAUCCCCCCCUCCGGAGCAGAGCUGCUCAGCAACCCCCUCAGCAGCAGAUCGACGAGUGCGUGUGUGAGUCCCCUGGUGGACGGUGAAGCAGGCCCUUCGGGAGAUUGCAUUCCUCUGAAAAGGAUUAAAACGGAGCCUCCAGAUGGGGAAAUCAUUCAAGUUACAGUGCCAGAUGCUGGUACGAGUGGGGAGGAGCCCAGCGAGCCCGUGGCCGAGCCUGUGUCGGCGGCAGCUCGUCCAGCCACAGCCUCGCCCUCCACUCAGCCGGCCCCCCCUGCUCCCGUGGCUCCCCAUCACCCGCCAGAGAAUCACACAGCUGAGGCUCUUUCACCGGGCGCGGCCUCCCAGAGCGUCAGAAGAUCCUCUGAAGCUGGGAGUCUGGUGGAGGACAUCGGUGAAAUGAUUCUCCAGCUCCGGAGACAAGUGGAGAGCCUCUUCGGCCUGAAGUACGCUGAAGCUCUGGGGCUUCCUGAACCAGUCAAGGUUCCCUACUCCCGGUUCCAGAUGUAUCCGGAGGACCUGUACGUCACCGGGCUGCCGGAGGGGAUCUCCAUCCGGAGGCCCAACUGCUUCGGAGCCGCCAAGCUGCGCAAGAUCCUGUCGGCGAGCAGCCAGAUCCAGUUUGUCAUCAAGAGGCCGGAGCUGUUAACGGAGCAAGUGAAACAAGAAAUGCCUUCAAUCCCCGUGUGUGACUCAGAUCUGGACACGAAGGACGCAGCUUCAGACGACUCCGCUGCUGCGUCCAAGAGACCGGGCUUCUCAGAGUGCCUGGAGUCCAAGCUCUCCAGGAUCGACCUGGCCAACACGCUGCGAGAGCAGGUCCAGGAUCUGUUCAACCGGAAGUACGGGGAGGCGCUGGGCAUCAAGUACCCGGUGCAAGUGCCUUACAAGAGGAUCAAGAACAACCCGGACUCGGUCAUCAUCGAGGGGCUCCCCCCCGGCAUCCCCUUCAGGAAGCCCUGCACCUUCGGGUCCCAGAACCUGGAGAGGAUCCUGGCGGUGGCCGACAAGAUCAACUUCACCAUCACCAGACCUUUUCAAGGACUCAUUCCAAAACCAGCACCUCGACGAGUCACGUUACUGAAGAAGGCCUACGCGUCGAUCAGCG